UUUCCGCUUCUAUUUACUGUCCAAAGUCCUGGGGGCAGGAGAUGCCAGGUUAGAACCACGUGGACCCUGGGACACAGGGGCUCAGGGGCCUCGCCUGGACCAGCCCCUCCUGGUUCCACCUGCUCCACUUCUCGCUGUAGCCCCUCCUUGCCCUGGGGCCUGGGCCACCCGAGCCACCGGGGAGUCAGCCCUCCAUACCUUUCACAGCCUCUGCCCAAAGUAGCAUCUUAGCACAAGCCUUAGCCCCGAGCUCAGCCCCAGCCCUAAGGGGAACCUCAGCCCAACCCAGCUCCAGCCCUGGACCCGGCAUGGCCAAGGACUUUCAAGACAUCCAGCAGCUGGACUCCGAGGACAAUGACCACCCACUGGGUGGAGGUGAGGGCCCGGGCCCUCGUGGGCACAACCCCAGGAGAGGAGACAGGUUCUGCGUAGGGACCCCCACGCAGUCGCCCCUUCCGCUGCAGCGCUUCUGCUCCACCUUGCGCCUCAGUCUGCUCGUCCUGGGCUUCAACGUCCUGCUGCUGGCGGCCAUCUGCGUGAUUGGGUCCCAAAGGGCACAGCUGCAAGAGGAGCUGCGGAUCCUAAAGGAAAACUUCAGCCACUUCUCCAACGGCGUCCUGUCGGAGAUCGGCACUCUCUUCUCCCAUGGGCGCAGUGCCAGUCACCAGCUGACCUCUCUGGAAGCCAAGCUGGAGAAACAGCAGAGGGAUCUGAAAGCAGAUCACGACGCCUUGCUCCUGCAUCUGAAGCACUUCCCCAUGGACCUGCGCAUCCUGACUUGUCAGAUGGCCUUCUUCCAGAGCAAUGGCACACAGUGCUGUCCCGCUAACUGGCUGGAGUACGACGGCAGCUGCUACUGGUUCUCCCGCUCCGGGAAGACCUGGGAGGACGCGGACAGGUACUGCCAACUGGAGAGCGCGCACCUGGUGGUCAUCAACUCCAGAGAGGAGCAGGAAGAGUCCAGAGGCGGAGGUCUGGGAGAGCCCUGGGAAGUUCAUGGUGAAGCAGCCACUGAUUUUAAGAGGUGGGACAUUAUUGGAGCCAGGAGCCAGAAAUUCAUUGUCCAACACACAAACCCCUUCAAUGCCUGGAUAGGUCUCACUGACAGCGAGGGCACCUGGAAAUGGGUGGAUGGCACAGACUAUCAGCAGAACUACAAGAACUGGGCGGCCACUCAGCCAGAUGACUGGCAGGGGCAUGAGGUGGGUGGAGGUGAAGACUGUGCGGUAGUCCAGGCGAAUGGACGCUGGAACGACCAUUUCUGCAAGCAGGUGCAACGCUGGGUGUGCGAGAUGAGGCUGAACAUCACGGCUUAGGAGCCCGCCCCCCUGCCCCGCCCCCAGCUCUCUGCAGGGAGGAUUUUGAAGAAAGGAAAAAUAGAGGGGAGGGGUCGAGACAGGAGGGAGGGUGUGCUGUGAGCAUCACAGACCCCCAGAGACACUGAGGUCCCGCCUCCUUCCGCAAGUGACUGUCAUGAUUAUAAUUUUCAGCCCGCUCCAUGGGGUAGGGAAAGAAGAUGCAAGUAUUUGAAAUUGCAUGGACUGGUCAUUUGUAACUGGGAGAUGUGGGGAGCAAAGAAGAGGGGGGCAUCUGGAAGAGACAGAUUUAGUCCUAGACAGCUGCCCCUUGAGACCCCAUCCCAAGGGACACGGGUCAGGGAGGGGAGGGAGGUUUGGAGCAGAGAUGCUCAGCUCGAGGCAGCAGGUGGGGGCCGGAGGGACUGCAUGGGGAAGCAGCUCCCCCCACCCCAGGGGAUCUCCCACAGAAGAGGUUUCAGGGAACAACGGGGCUCCUCCCAACCCCAGGAGCUGUGGUUUGGCUGACGGGGGCUGCAGAAAAUGCUUGCUAAGGGAACGGGGUUCGGUAAGACGCUGUCCCCUAUCUGCAGUGGGACCACCUCUUCUGGACCCCUAAGAGAUCUAGACCUUUCUCUAGCACAGGGUGUCACCAGCCACUUCCUCUGGGGCUAAAUGUCACCUUCCAAAAUCAUUCUGAAGCCAAUAUUAAGAGGUUCUUGAAGCAAUUAGAGUUGUUGUUUUAUUUUUACUGCAAAAGUAAUAUAUACUAUUAGGAAAAAAUGCUUCUCUCUCACACACACAGGGAUGCUCCUCACGCCUCCCACCUCUCCCAGAGUUAACUAUUUUGUGGCCAUUGGAUUAGGGCUCUCCAAAGAACCAGCAGGAUGUGUGUGUCUGUGUAUGUGUGAUUUAUUAAAGAGAUUUAUUACAAGGAA